AUGACAACUGAUAAUACGCACGGGCUCUCUGAGUUCGAGAAACAACGCCUGGCGAAUAUUGCCGAGCGCGAUGCCCUCUUGAAGAAGUUGAGCUUGGAGGCGCAAUCUGUGGGCCUCUUCACCCCCAAACCCCCCGGCAGCAAUGCGCCGAAGCCGAAGAAAAAGGCGCCCCCAAAGCGCAUCAAGGAAGAAGAGUCCCCGCUGCCUCGGCGUCAGUCGUCACGUCUGAGGGGCCUGACGGCUGACAGUGAGGUUGUGAAGCGCAAGGCCGAAGAGCAGUAUGAGGCAGCCAGGGAGGCCGAGCGCGCUAAGAAGGUCCGAAAGACCGACUCAUACUCUGCGAAUGAUAUGUUCAUUGCUGGGCAGAAGCUCGACGGAGAUAGUUUGAUUGGUGUUGAUGUUGUGAACAAGGGUGUCGCAGAGCCCUACGUGCGGACUUUUGGUGAUGAAGACAUCAAGAAAACCACAGACAAGGAUUUGAAAGCGUUGCGUGAGGAAAUGAAUGGAUUGAGCUUGUGGAGCCAAUGGGACCCUCAAAGGAUCAAGAUCACGCCCGAGCGAGUCUAUGCCAUGGCAUUCCAUCCUUCCGAGACCAAGCCCUUGAUAUUUGCCGGCGAUAAGAUGGGCCAUCUCGGUGUCUUCGACGCAUCGCAAGAGAAGCCAGAAACAGGAGACGACGAGGAUGACGACGAUCCGGACCCGGUUCUGACCACACUCAAGCCGCAUACUCGAACGAUCAGUGCUAUGAUGGUGCACCCGUCACAGCCCACACGCUUGUAUACUGCGAGCUAUGAUAGUUCUAUCCGGGAGCUGGACCUCGAAAAGACUACUUCAGUGGAGAAAUAUGGCCCCGAGUCUACAAACAUCGACGAAGCACUUUCAGGGAUCGAUAUGGCCCUCGAGGACCCAAAUACGUUGUACUGGACAACGCUGAAUGGUACCUUUGGGCGUUAUGAUAUGCGCAGCAAGCUUUCAACGAAGACAGUCACUCAUUGGCAGCUUUCUGAGAAGAAGAUUGGUGGCUUUUCUUUGAAUGCGUCACAGCCGCACUACUUUGCGACAGCAAGUUUGGACCGGACAAUGAAGCUGUGGGAUCUCCGUAAGCUGUCGACUGAUGAGCCAGUACCAGUUGCCGAACACGAGAGCCGUCUCUCAGUCUCACAUGCUGCAUUCAAUGCGGCUGGUCAAAUUGCUACUACGUCUUACGAUGAUACGAUCAAGCUUUAUGACCUUGGGACGAAGGGUAUCUCAUCGUGGAAGGCAGGCCACACCCUCUCAGACAAAGAGUUCCGCCCUGACACUGUUGUGAGACACAACUGUCAAACUGGUCGUUGGGUAACCAUUCUCCGCCCUCAAUGGCAGAUGAACCCCCAAUCUCACAUCCAGCGAUUCUGUGUUGGUAACAUGAACCGCUUUGUCGAUGUCUACAGUAGCUCCGGUGAUCAGCUGGCGCAGCUUGGCGGUGAUGGAAUCACUGCUGUUCCUGCAGUAGCUGUAUUCCACCGUAGUAAGAAUUGGGUAGCAGGUGGCACAGCUAGUGGCAAGGUCUGCCUCUGGAUGUAA